AUGCGCCCCAUUUGUACUGAAGAAGAAUACAGUGAACUGGCUGAACUGGCCGAGAAUUUUGGGCGCGGUGUUGGACGUCGCUUGCAGUGGUACUUGAUUGUCAAGUCUUUCCUUUCGAUCAAUUACGUCUCGGACUGGUGGGAGGAAUUUGUUUAUCUAAGACAGCGUUCUCCAAUCAUGAUCAAUAGGUAUGUCUGGAAAUUAAACAAAGCUGUCCAGUGGUUCUCCGAUCCGAAAUGUUAG